UGUUCGCCGCUCCAGGUGCUGAGUCCGGUGAGGCUCAAAACGCAAGAGCCGCCACCGCCACCGCGACAGUCACCACCGGGAAGUCCGGACCGUGAGGAUCCCGGAGGAGCUGGGUGCGCUGCAGAGCGCAGACCGUCCUCCCGCUUCUCUGAGGUCCUGACUCUGCAGUGAGGGAAGCUCUCUUCAGAUCUCAUCUAGAAGAUCCUAGUGGUAUCUCAUCAGGAUCAUCACAGUGAACUCCAAUUACCUACUGACCCCCUGGACUUCUGACUACCUAAAACUCAUGGAUAUCUGCAUAGGGACCACACACAUUCUUGGAGUGAGGUCCAGUGUCAGCAGGAAGAUCAGGUUUGGCCACUGAAGGUUCUCCAUCUGGCCUUGGUGGCCCAGCAUGGCCCACUGAGGUGAAUCAUGACCAUCUGCCAGAUACUAACCAUUGACUAUCCAGAGUCGCAUCUCACCAGGAGGUGACCCUCCUCCAGCUGCUCCCUCCCGCUCACCUGCCCCCACCCAGGAACGUGCCUGUGCCACCACGGACACCAUGUAGUAGGGCCUCUGUGGCGCCCAGCAAGCUGCGAUGGUUUUGUACACGGCCCCCUUUCCCAACAGCUGUCUGUCCGCCCUGCACGCCGUGUCCUGGGCCCUUAUCUUCCCGUGCUACUGGCUGCUGGACCGGCUCGUGGCCUCUUUCACACCCACCACCUAUGAGAAACGUCAGCAGGCGGACGACCCGUGCUACCUCCAGCUGCUCUGCACUGUGCUCUUCACGCCAGUCUAUCUGGCCCUCCUGGUCGCCUCUUUGCCCUUCGCUUUUCUUGGGUUCCUCUUCUGGUCCCCCCUGCAGUCGGUCCGCCGGCCCUAUAUCUACUCCUGCCUAGAGGACAAGGGUCCAGCGGAUGGGGCGGCCCUGCUCAGUGAAUGGAAGGGCACAGGGCCCGGCAAAAGCUUCUGCUUUGCCUCUGCCAACCUCUGCCUCCUCCCUGACUCUCUGGCCAGGCAAAACAAUGUUUUUAACACUCAAGCACGGGCCAAAGAGAUCGGGCAGAGAAUCCGCAAUGGAGCCAGCCGGCCCCAGAUCAAAAUUUACAUAGACUCACCCACCAACACAUCCAUCAGUGCAGCCAGCUUCAGCAGUCUGGUGUCACCACAGGGUGGCGAUGGUGUGGCCCGGGCCAUCACUGGGAGCAUCAAGAGGACAGCCUCUGUGGAAUACAAGGGUGAUGGUGGGCGUCACCCCAGUGAGGAGGCUGCCAAUGGCCCAGCCUCUGGGGACCCAGUUGACAGUGGCAGUGGUCUGGAGGAUGCCUGCAUUGUAAACAUCAGUGGCGAGGAAGGGGGCCAGCCCUCUGAAGCUGAUGACACACCCACUGGGAAUCAGGCCAGGAAUGGAGCCAGUGGGGGCUCUAGAGGCCAGACACCCAACCACAGUCAGCAGGAUGGGGAUUCUGGAAGCCUGGGCAGCCCCUCAGCCUCCAGGGAGUCCCUGGUGAAGGCACGGGCCGGAGGGGACAGUGGCGGCAGUGGGGAGCCAAGCACCACCAACAGCAAGCUCCCCUAUAAGGCCUCAGUGGUGAAGAAGGCAGCUGCACGCAAGAGGCGGCACCCUGAUGAAGCCUUUGACCAUGAAAUCUCAGCCUUCUUCCCUGCCAACCUGGACUUCCUGUGCCUGCAGGAGGUGUUUGACAAGCGCGCAGCUGCUAAGUUGAAAGACCAACUGCAUGGCUACUUUGAGUAUAUCCUGUAUGACGUAGGGGUUUAUGGCUGCCGCGGCUGCUGCAACUUCAAGUUUCUCAACAGCGGCCUCUUCUUUGCUAGCCGCUACCCCAUCAUGGAUGUGGCCUAUCACUGUUACACCAAUGGGAGUGGCGCUGAUGGCCUGGCCUCAAAGGGAGUACUAUUUCUCAAGGUGCAGGUGGGAUGCACACCUCAGGACCAAAGAAUUGUCGGGUACAUCUCCUGCACACACCUGCAUGCCCCGCCAGAGGAUAGUGCCAUCCGGUGUCAACAGCUGGACAUGCUUCAGGACUGGCUAGCUGACUUCCGAAAAUCUACCUCCUCGUCCAGCGCAGCCAACCCCGAGGAGCUGGUGGCGUUUGACGUCAUCUGUGGAGAUUUAAACUUUGAUAACUGCUCCUCUGAUGACAAACUGGAACAGCAACACUCCCUGUUUACACGCUACAAGGACCCCUGCCGCCUGGGGCCUGGGGAGGAGAAGUCAUGGGCCAUAGGUACCCUGCUGGAUACCGACGGCCUCUAUGAUGAGGAUGUGGCCACCCCUGACAAUCUACAAAAGAUCUUGGAGAGUGAGGAAGGCCGUCGAGAAUACCUCGCCUACCCCACCAGCAAGAGCUCUGGUGGAGGCCAGAAGGGGCGCAAGGAUCUACUAAAGGGCAACGGCCGGCGCAUCGAUUAUUUGUUGCAUGCAGAGGAGGGGUUGGCCCCAGACUGGAAGGCUGAGGUAGAAGAAUUCAUUUUUGUUACCCAGCUGUCGGGACUGACCGACCACCUGCCAGUAGCUAUGAGGCUGAUGGUGUCUUCAGGGGAAGAGGAAGCAUAAAGCAGCCAAGUCACCAGGAGCAGUGGGUAUCUGCCAGCCCUUUGAGCCGGAGCCCCUCCCAGGUUGUGUCCCCUCCAAAGAGCACCUCAUGGUGCUGGGGGAGGUGGGCAGGGACGGGGGGAUCCUUGGUCAGUCCUGAUGAGCUGGACCUGUGCUGCCCUACACUUCUAGGCACUUGCCUCAGAUAGGAGUCAGGCUGACCGGCAGAGCCCCAAUUGCCCAACUAGUGCCAUUCUUUCGAAACAUAAUUUUUCUACAAAUAUACAGCACAACCUAGUUUGUAACCGGUGGGUUAGUUGUACUCUUUGUAUCAUUUCCCAAGCUUUGUCCAGGGUUCAUUACUUUGUCUGCUGCCAUGUCGUCUCGCAUGCCCGCACCCUCGCAUGCAUGCAGCCUGCAUGCCAUGUGCCGCACCGUAGCCACACAGACCCCUUGUUUGGGCCUCACCCAAGGCCAAACUCCAAACACAAUCAGAACCAGCCAAAGAUGCAUUUCCUGGGCACAGAGCCACCAGCUGGCUACCUCCAGCAGAGAUGGCUCAAGAGCAGGGGACCAGGAGGGCUGUGCCCAGUAACUAAUGAGCCCAGGUUCUCCCCCAGGGGCUUACAUUCAAGGGCGAUUUCAUUUUCAAAAGGAAAAACAGAAACAAUUGUGAAUAAAAACUACCCUGCACUUAAAAGGGUCUGUAAGCCUUGGAAAGAGAAUAUUGCUCUUCCCCAGAGGCUUGGACAACAGAGCCUCUCAGAGGUGGGAAUGUAAAGAGCAUCGCCUUCUUACAGUAAGAACUCAUGGCAUACAUUGGAGGGGGGAACCUCUGGUUUUGAAAAUAACAGAUUUACAGUUCCUUCUCUUCCCUUAAAAGCAACCUGACCUUUUUUUCUUCCUGAUCUCAUCUCCCCUCCCUCUCUGGUUUGGGAUCAAUCCUUCCCUGGGGACUGUUCCCAUCCACAUGUUGGCUGAGCUCAGGAAUCUUCGCUCAGUUCUUUAAAGCCCAUCCUCAACAAUGACCUGGGGCAAAGGUGGGAAGUCCUCACCACUGUGCAGGCUAGGGUGACACUGGGGUGGCCACUGCUUGCUUGGAGCAGGGAAUGGCACUGGCUGGCAUCCAGGCCGAUACUCACUCUGCCACAGAGCAACCAGGCACCCCAAGCACCAGGCAGAGCCUAGUAGUAAAGCCUAUGGCAGCACUGCCUCUGCCUCUGGCCUUUUUAAACACACUUAGAGACAUACCCACUGCAGGGAAAGUUUUUGACUAUUUCAAAGUGAGAAGCUUCUCCCACAGGGAGACUGUUCUUGGCCAUCCCUGCUGAGCCCCUUCCUACAAGUAUCCUAACCUAGUACCCACCUGGCUCAAAGAUAGCCCUACCAGCCUAGCCUGAGGGUGCACCAGGACCCUGCUAGGAGCCUCCUGGUGCUAUGCACUGAUGCUGUGCCUUGUCACCCACUGAGCUACAAAAAGGACCAAGAGAAGCCAAGCAGACAACAACCAAGCCCCAGCCAGGGGAGGACACUCCUGAGAGCCAUACCUACAGUGUCACUGGUUUGUCUGACUCUGACUAGGGCAACAGGUGGACCAUAAGCUAGACUGCUGGAAGUACUUUCCUGGUCACCAACACCCUGGAAUAUCCAGAGCCAAGGGAGGCUGCUCUCUGCUGAGUCCUCUUCUCCAAGUGCUUGGUCUCCCAGGAUCUGGGCUAAGUUUGUGGAUUCAGAGGACUCCUCUACUUCCUGAAGUGGCCAGUAGUCUACUCACACAGCUGAGGCCACCAGACUGGUAGUUGGUCUAUGUGCCCAGGAGAACAGUGGAGGCAAAGCAAGGAUUCCUGACCCUCCAGCUUCCCUCCCUCAGAAGGGAUGCCUCCUGACCCAGAGCUGCUCUCAGUGGGAGCCAGGCACAGGGCAGGAUCUUGUCUCCCUAACUCACAAGGGUGGCCUUAGGCAAGUCAUAUCUCCCUGUGCCUCGGGUCAUUUCCUGUCCUAAAUAAGGUCACCUUUGCCCAGCCUGGACUAGCCUCCAGAUAGGGCUGGCCCUCCCAGCACCCCUUGAACUUCUUUGAGCUUGGCCUCUGCACUGAGGUUGCCAUUGCCUGACCACAUGUCUCACAAAGCCUGUGGACUCCCAGGGCUGUGCACAAGCCAGACUUUUUUCAUUUUUUUAAGAAAGGAAAGAAAAACAUUGCCAGGAUCUGAGACUCUAUGACUUCUAGUCCUGGGAGGGGCAGACACAGGUGUCACCCAAAUCCCAAACAACCCAGGCCCUGUACCCAGCCUUCUUUGGAGAAGCUAGGAGGUGGGGUCAACUUCAGAAGAAAAAGGCCAUUUUCAUUUGUCCAAACCACCUUGAGUUUUAAGUAUGAAUAUUAAUCCUGAUGCUUUUUAACUAUUGUAUUAACUUGCUAAGAUUUAGAAAUACUGUUAAAAAAAAAGAACACUUUUUUAAUUUCUGUAUUUUUUUCUCUAUUAUUGUAUCCUCAUGGGAACAUUAGGGGUUUUAUAUGGUAAGCAGACCUAAGGUUUUGGUAAAAAACAAAAACAAACAAAAAAAUAUGUCAAAUAUGUAUCCAGACGAUUCUUCCCUAGAAGAAAAAAAAAACCAAUCUUUACACCUGAUAAAAUAUUUUGAAAAAAGAAGUGUUUUUUUUUUUUUCCUUUAUUGGUGCUGAAAGGAAGGAUGGAUAAUAAGGAGGAAAUAAAACUGUGAGGCUCAA